CUCGGAGAUAGUGACAAUUCAACAUUUUAUUUCGUUUAAGACAAGUAGGACUUGGUAUGACAAUCAAUGAGAAGCUUGCCUUUCAAAACUGUGAAACUACAAGGAAAUUUUAUUAUGUGGAACUUCUGAAUUCUUUUAUCAAAGAAGACUAAAAUGUGACAGCUAUCAUAUUGUUGAAGUCAACUCUUACCAAUUCUCUUGGAAAAUGCAGAAUGUUCUUCUUCUUGUGAAGUAAUAAUCCGACCUUGUUUCGCAGAUGGAGAGGAUAGUUAUUUGCCAUACCAUUGACUCAGAGACAGGAUUUUUCUCAGAACAGCAAACACUUUGUUGCAUUAACAAUGGCUCCAGGAUUGGAUCUGAUCUGGAUGGUAAUCUCCUUUCUUCUUCUGAUUCAUCUGUCAAGUCAACAAGAAACUGGCUUCAGCUUCAACGGUUUUCGCCAGGGAGAUCUUCAUGUUGAUGGGGUUGCUCAAAUCCUUCCCGGUGGACUUCUGCGGCUGACUGACACUUCAGAGCAGAAAAAGGGUCAUGCUUUCUUCAGGCAGCCCUUAGUGUUCAAUUCAUCUGAACCUCUCUCGUUCUCAACGCAUUUCGUGUGUGCUAUGGUGCGUAAACCGGGAGUUACCGGUGGAAAUGGGAUUGCUUUCUUUCUAUCUCCUUCCAUGGAUCUUACAAACGCAGAUGCAACUCAGUAUUUGGGUCUUUUCAACACCACAACCAACAGGUCUCCCUCAUCUCAUAUCUUUGCUAUUGAGCUUGAUACUGUUCAAAGUGCAGAAUUUGAUGACAUCGAUAACAAUCAUGUUGGUAUCGACGUGAACAGCCUAACCUCUGUUGAAUCUGCUCCGGCUUCUUACUUUUCAGACAAAAAAGGUCUCAAUAAGAGCAUAAGUCUCUUGAGUGGAGAUUCAAUCCAGGUCUGGGUGGACUUUGAUGGAACUGUACUAAACGUUUCAUUGGCGCCUCUAGGGAUUCGGAAGCCAAGUCAAAGUCUUAUAUCAAGAUCCAUGAAUCUUUCAGAAGUUAUCCAGGAUAGAAUGUUUGUCGGAUUCUCUGCAGCAACAGGACAAUUGGCUAAUAACCAUUACAUACUCGGUUGGAGUUUCAGCAGAAGCAAGGCAUCGUUACAGAGCCUAGACAUCUCAAAACUUCCCCAAGUUCCUCAUCCUAAAAUGAAAACUUCUCUCCUGCUGAUUCUUCUGUUGAUUGUACUUGGAAUCAUACUCUUGGUACUCCUGGUAGGAGCUUAUCUAUACAGAAGAAACAAGUAUGCAGAAGUAAGAGAGGAAUGGGAAAAAGAGUAUGGUCCACACCGAUACUCUUACAAAUCCCUGUACAAAGCAACAAAAGGAUUCCACAAAGAUGGUUUUCUUGGUAAAGGAGGAUUCGGAGAAGUCUACAAAGGAACUCUACCUCAGGAAGACAUAGCUGUGAAAAGAUUUUCCCAUCAUGGAGAACGAGGGAUGAAGCAAUUCGUAGCUGAAAUUGCAAGCAUGGGUUGCUUAGACCACAGGAACUUGGUUCCACUUUUCGGAUACUGCAGGCGAAAAGGCGAGUUUCUUCUCGUCUCCAAGUACAUGCCUAAUGGAAGUCUUGACCAGUUCUUGUUUCAUAACAGAGAACCAUCUCUUACUUGGUCCAAAAGGCUAGGGAUUCUAAAGGGUAUAGCUUCAGCUCUUAAAUACUUACACACAGAAGCUACACAAGUUGUUCUACACAGAGAUAUCAAAGCUUCUAAUGUAAUGUUAGACACAGACUUCACAGGAAAGUUAGGAGAUUUUGGUAUGGCUAGGUUUCAUGACCAUGGAGCAAAUCCAACAACAACAGGAGCUGUUGGAACAGUAGGAUACAUGGGACCUGAGCUAACAUCAAUGGGAGCUUCAACUAAAACCGAUGUAUACGCAUUUGGUGCAUUGAUCCUUGAAGUAACUUGUGGGAGAAGACCUGUAGAACCUAAUCUGCCGAUUGAGAAACAGCUUCUGGUGAAAUGGGUUUGUGAUUGCUGGAAAAGGAAAGAUUUAAUCAGUGCUCGAGAUCCCAAACUGAGUGGAGAAUUGAUACCUCAAAUCGAGAUGGUAUUGAAAUUAGGGUUGCUUUGCACGAAUCUUGUGCCGGAAUCGAGACCUGACAUGGUAAAAGUUGUGCAGUACCUUGACAGACAGGUUUCGUUGCCGGAUUUCUCACCAGAUUCACCGGGAAUUGGGAUUGUUACUCCGGUUUUGGUCGGAGGAAGCUCCACCGUGAUCUCUAACAUUUCUUCUCCGGUGACUGAGUUUAUUACUCACUCGAUUCAAUACGGAAUUGGACGAUGA